CUGAGUUUAAGAUAGUAAAACACACAUAAUUAGAAUAUACACAAUGACUUUAAUUCAAGAAAUCAUAACCUUCAGUUUAUUUCUUAAUUUUGUUUGUGGUGGAAAUGUCGAGCCAUUGAAUGGUCAAUCAGAAGUAACUGGCAUGUUAGAUAAAGACAUAACACUGCAGUGGCAAAUCACAUUUCUUAAAGGUGAAAUGUUACAGAGUCAUGAUAUAUAUCUCCCAAAUAGAACUAAAAUUGUAAGCAAUCAACCACCAGAGUUGACACCUGUUGGAAAGCGAAUGUAUGGAACAAGAUUAGUUCCAGUGUUUGAUGCAGAUGCAGCAGUUUUUAAGCUCACGCUAAAAAAUGUCAAAUUUACAGAUUCUUCCCAUAACUUCACACUUGUAGUGGCAUUUGAAAGAAAGGAUGAUUUUAAUAGAAGAACAGGAGUCGCGGAUAUCAAUAUUGUAAAUGUUGAAGGUGGACCAAAAUUAUGUGGUGACAACAUAACAGCAAUUACUAGAGAAGAAGGUAGUAUGCUGGUGGCCAUACAAGAUGUUUGUGGCAAACCAACUCCUCUUGUUACAUUGAAGUUUGCUUCAGAGAAAAACUUUAAAAACUCCACAAGUUCUGGACUCAUAAAUAAAGAAAUACAAUUGUAUAGAUACACCUAUAUGCAUCAAAAUCUGUCUCGGGAACAGUGUUGGGAACCUAUCAUAUUUAAGGCUAUAAGUCGCCUUGGAAGUGUCACUGGUCGUGCCAUGGUUAAUGUUACUUUUGUACCAGCGAAAGUAAUGGGUGGUAAUUUCUACGAAAGAGAUAAUUGCACUUAUGUGACAUGGAAAAGAGAAAGAACUGGUAACUGCAGGGUGAUGUAUUACCUUCAGUUUGGUAAUGGUGCAAAAGUAAAUACAUUAGGUACAAUGUAUAAAAAAUGUAAUGAUGCUGUAUUGAUGCAAGUAGAUUCCGUUACCAUAUGGGGAAAAUAUGGUUUGAAACAGGGCGAGAAAUUUACUCUUGUGAAAACAACACCUCCACCACCAACUACAACAACAUCGACCACAACAAGAACAAGUAAACCACCCAUUCACCCAGAAGAACACUCUAGUGAAAGCAGUACCAACAUUGGAUUGAUAACUGGUGUAGUCAUCGGAGUUAUCUGUUUUAUAGCUAUUAUAAUAAUUAUAGCAGUGUGUGUUUUGAAACGUAGGACACAAAAGAAACAAGAUGCAGCGGACGGAUUCAGGAUGCUUUCUCCACACCAGUCUGAGAAUGAAUAUGCGACUCCAGUUCUGUUGGAUUCACAGCAGAAUGAGGAAGAAGAUCCCAACCAUGCACUUUACUCCAAACUUGGUCCUGGUGGAGGCCGCACUGGCCCCCGACCGGCUCUAGAGUUUUCAAAUUACGCAGAGAUAAAAGUGGAUGCUAUGGGCUACCCAGUGGACGGUGCUAAAGAAAUCGCAUCACAUGCUGACUACGCUUCCAUUGAUGACUGUAUGAUGUCGCCACCUUCUGACGAUGAUGAUGAUGCGAUCAUAGUUUAGAAAUGGAAUGGCUUCUUGUUAGAUUGAUAAUGUUUAUCAUAGCUGUAGUAGUGGGGUUGUUUUUAUAUAUGUUUAUAUGUUAAUACGAUCUUCUGUUAUUAUAUUUUUAUGAAGAUCUAUUUUGAAUGAGUAUGAAGCUAUAUUGUUUAUAUAAAUGCGAGUGAUUAUUUGUAAUUGAUAUAUUGAUUUUUUUGUAUCAGAAUGAUUUUUAGCAUUGCAUGGAAAGGACUUUCAAUAAACAAAAAAAGUUUGAGUUUAAGAAUACUUUCUUCUUAUUUUUAGAUUUUUAAAAAUCAUAUGAAAAGCGGAGUAUUUAUAUUAUAUUUUUGUAUUUUAUUCUUCUGUAUUUUUGUAAUAUUUAGUCUAAAUUAUUAUAUUGUGAUUUAAUUUAACUUGUGGUUAAUAUGCAUGGUCACACGCGCGUAGUUUUUAUCCUUCUUUUUCAUCUUUAGCUUUUUUAUAUGUGAAAGACUGGAAGUUAUCUGCCAUGAAGAGAACAGUGAAAGAUUUUGUCUGAGAAACAUUCAAGCGUUUUAGUAUAUAUCCCCGUGGAAAAACUCGGAGAGAGACUUUGCAUUACUGUGGUGUUAGCUAAAUGUUUUGGUCCGCAACACACUAAAAAGUGUCUUAUAAAGUCAUCAUAUGAUAUUUCUGUUGUCUGGAAAUUCAAUUAAUUUGUUAAUUAAAUUGAAAAUUAGUUAAUUUUUGUAUGUUCACGUUAUUUUUUCGUUGUUAAAAUGCACAUUUCUACAAUCUAUUAUACUUUAUUUCAAUAACAAUGCAACUGCUGCCUGAUUUCUGUGACAUUUAUGGAUCAAUCCUAAUCAUUAUUUCUACAACAUAGAGUUGUAACUAACAAUUUAGGAUGCAGUCAGUAGGCUGAAAUGUUAGAAAUGUAAAAUGCUCUGUAAAAUACACAUUUGACCAUUUGACUUAUUUGAUUACAUUUAAUUACAACGAUUUCACGCAUUGUAUUGUAGAGUGCAACUAAUGUAGUGGGAGAUAAAAUGAGAUAUAAGCUUUGUAGCGUGAAAUACGGUCCAUAAAUCUGAUGUCGACUUAUUUUCUAAAUUUUCUCGUAGGGCAAUAAUUACUUCAACAUUAGCUUUCUACGAAGAUGGAAAUAAAAUGUUGUAAAAAGUUAGAUUUGAUGCGGGUAAAAUUAACGCCUUUCGGCCUUCAUGAAGUUUAUUUUUUUUCGGUUCUUUAAAAAAGUUUUUUUGGUGACUUCCACGCAAUAUUAUUUAUGGGGAAAAAAUUGUAUGAUUUAAAAAUAUGUUAGUUUUCGUAUACAUUUUUAUUUUGUAAAUUUGUUAAGUAGGUGAUUUAUAUCUUAUAAUAUAACACUCGAAUUUGAAAA